GAUCGAUCGGUGAUUAAACAGGAAAAAAAAUCUCUGUCACGUGACUGUGUUUCUCUGCUAACAACAUGGCUGCCGAGGAUCUGCCGUCUGAGUUUGACGUUGUCAUUCUGGGCACAGGUCUCGCUGAGUCGGUGGUGGCAGCUGCCUGUUCCAGAGUCGGGCAGAGAGUUCUUCACCUCGACAGACGGAGUUAUUACGCAGCCAACUGGGCGAGCUUCACCUUCAACGCACUGCUCACCUGGAUACAGGAGCAUCAUGAGGAGUCUCCAUCAGAGGAGGUCCAGGAUUGGUCGAGCCUUGUGGAAGAAGGGGAGGAGCUGAUUUACCUGUUGGGCUCAGGCUCCACCUCCAUCAGUAACCUGCAGGUGUUCUGCUACGCCAGGGAGGAAGACGAGGAGGAAGCUGCGAGUGCUGCACCUCCCGACACCACCGAAGAAGAAGAGGCUGGAGCAGGAGGUGAAGACGCUGCUAAAGAGCCGUCAGAGACUGAGUCAGCAGAUUCAAAAGAAGAAGAAGAAACAGGUGAGGCGGCUGAGGCAGACGAACAGGCCGCUCAGACACAGGGGGAGGAGGCAGAAGCAGACCAGCCGUGUCCCUUUGCUGCUCCCAGCCAAUCAGAGCCAAGCAGGAAGAAGGUCAGCUACGCCCAGCUGGAGAAGGAAGGGCGCCGGUUUAACAUCGACCUGGUUUCUAAGCUCAUGUACUCUCGUGGCUCAUUGGUCGACCUGCUCAUCAAGUCAAACGUCAGUCGCUAUGCAGAGUUCAAGAACGUCACCAGGAUACUGACCUAUCGCCAAGGCAACGUGCAGCAGGUGCCCUGCAGCAGAGCCGAUGUGUUUGCGAGCCGUCAGCUGUCUGUGGUUGAAAAAAGGAAGUUGAUGCGUUUCCUGACUUCCUGUAUGGAGGAGACAGAGGAGCAUCAAGCUUACAAUGAUCGGCCAUAUUUGGAGUUCCUGCGUGAUCAGCAGCUGGGUGACAACCUACAGCACUUCCUGCUUCACUCAAUCGCCAUGGUGGCAGAAGACACACCCACAGAAGUGGGGCUCACCUCCACACGCCACUUCCUGCGCUGCCUGGGUCGCUAUGGCAACACUCCCUUCCUGUUUCCUGUGUACGGGCUUGGAGAGAUCCCCCAGUGUUUCUGCAGGAUGAGUGCUGUGUUUGGAGGAAUCUACUGCCUGAGACACUCGGUCACCUGCCUGCUCGUGGAUAAGGACUCCAACAGGUGUAAGGCGGUGAUUGACAGCCGGGGGCAGCGAAUCAGCUGCAACCAUUUUGUGGUGGAGGACGGCUUCGUGGGGGCAGACAAGAAGAAGGUGGCCACACCCACCAGGUCUGUGAGCAGAGCCGUCCUGAUCACCGACUCCUCGGUCCUGCCGGCUGACUCGGAGCAGCAGGUGUCUCUGGUCACAGUUCCUCCGGCGGCGGGUGGAUGUCCGGCGGUGAGGAUGGUGGAGCUGAGUCCGUCCACCAUGACCUGCAUACCUGGAACCUAUUUGGUCCACCUCACCUGUCAGUCAGUUGGCUCCGCCUACGAGGAUCUGUCACCGGUGGUAGCCAGGAUGUUCCACACGCCAGAGUCACACGACCAAGAAAAUCGUCCAUCCGUCCUUUGGUGUCUGUACUUCAAUAUGGCCGACGGUUCUGGAGUGGAGGUCGAAGGCCACGAGCUCCCGUGUAAUGUGUACGUGUGUUCCGGCCCAGAUGGUGCUCUAGGACAUGACCAUGCCAUCAAACAGGCUGAGUCGAUUUUCCAGAAGAUUCUCCCCGAGGAGGAGUUCUGCCCUCCUGCUCCGAACCCCGAGGACAUCAUCUACGACGGGGAGAACACAUCCCCCACCUCCACAGGAGAGGAGGAGGAGCAGAGUGGAGGUGGGGAGGAGGAGAAAGGGUUAACAGCAGCUGGAGGGGAGGAGGAGAAGCAGCAGCAGCAGGAGGAGAUGAGCCUUCAGCCUGAGGAGUAACCUGUAUAUAUAUAUUGUAAAGACUCCUGCAUUGCAUUGUGGGUAAAAGUUGCCUUUUUUAUUUUUCUAUGAUUUCUGCUGUUUUUCAGUUUUAUUUAAAAACUCAUUAAAGCCUCAAC